AUAGUUUAAGUGAUAAAUUGCAUAAAUUAAAAUGUUGCAAUUUGCCAAUAACCGAAAUUCCUCCAGUUGAGAUUGCAACUUAUUCAAAAGAGACUCAAACUGAUAUUUCUAGACUUUAUAGACAUAAUGACCUUUCUUUAAAAGAUGUUUAUGAAGAUCACGAUAGAGAAUAUCAAGAUGAUGUAUCACCUUUAAAGCUGAUGUGUAAGUUUUCAUCAAAUUUACCACCUGGUAUUUUAAGUCCUGGCUUACCCAAAGUAAUGGAUAUGCCACCGGCAUUAACUCCUAUAGAUAAAGAAGAAAAUCCUUGGAACUAUUUAAAGGAAAAGAGAAAAAAAAUAUUGGUGGAAAAAGUUGAAGAAAUAGUUUUAUCGGAAGAUUUUCAAAAUUCUCUCAAACGCGUUAGUCUUGCUAUGGAGAAAGUUAUAAGCACGAAUAGAAACAUAUAUGUUGACUAUAUUGGUGGGACAAAUUAUGAUUGGGAUUAUGAAAACAAUUCAAAGGGGCCAAUUAGUUUAAAUCAAAAUUUCUAUGAUAAAAGUAUAACCGAUGAACGUUGUAUUACAUGUAUAGACUGGUCCUCCCAUAAUACUGAUCAAAUAGCUGCGUCAUAUUAUAAAAAUGAGCCAGAUACUCUGACAAAUGCUGAAGGAGAUGUUAUAAUUUGGAACCGUAAUUUUAAGACAGAAACACCAGAACAUGUAUUCUAUUGUCAUAGUCCUGUUAUGUCGAUUUGUUUUACAAAAUUCAAUCCUAACUUAAUAAUAGGAGCCACAUAUUCGGGUCAAAUUGUGUUGUGGGACAAUCGGGUUAAAACCUCAAUACCGAUACAAUGCACAAAGUUAAACUCAAAAGCACAUAAUCAACCUAUAUACUGUUUACGUGUAAUUGAUAAUGAUGAUAGUUCGCAUAAUAUAAUAUCUAUAUCUUCGGAUGGUAAAAUGUGUUCUUGGAGUUUGGAUAUGCUGGGCUUGCCUUUGGAUGUUAUGCAAUUGCAAUUAGAAGUCUCGGAAAAGGUAAAAAAGCCUAUAACUGUUAAUUGUAUGGAUUUUCCUUCGAAUGGUAUAAAUAAUAUGAUUAUAGGUGCAGAAGAUGGUUGUGUAUAUUCGGCUUUUCGUUUCGGUUAUGCGUCUGGCAUAACAAAUCGUUAUGAAAAACAUGAAGCUCCCAUUACGAGCAUCUCUACGCACUAUAAUCAAGAUACAUCGACGAAUUUUGGAAAUUUAUUUCUUACUUCAUCCUUAGAUUGUACCAUUAAAUUAUGGUCUCUAGAAAGUGAGCAACCUUUACACACUCUUAAAAAUAACUAUGACUAUGUUAUGGACUUGGCCUGGUCACCCAUACAUCCAGCUCUUUUUGUUGCCGUCGAUGGUGCUGGUCAUAUAGAUUUAUAUAAUCUUAAUGACAAUAUACAAGAACCCAUAAAAUCUAUAACAUCUAAAGGAGAUACAGCUAUAAACCGUUUGAAAUGGCAUAAGGAUGGACAACACAUUGCGGUUGGUACUGAUAAUGGUGAAUUGUGUGUGUAUAAUAUUGUGGAGGAUCUAGCAAAUCCAGUUAAUACUGAUUGGCCGACGUUUAGUGAAACACUUUAUGAUAUAAGAUUGAAUUGUGCCAUUGAAAGUUGUGAAUAAAUUAUGCAAAUUAUUUUGAUUUACUCAACAAGA